GUGUAGGUCAGAGGACAGCUUUUUUGGUAAGUUCUCUCCUCCCAUCGUGUGGGUGCCAGGGAUAGUGCUCAGGUUGCCAGGCUUGGUAGCAAGCACCUUUUCCCCUUGACCCAUCUCCUGAGACAGGCUCUUAUGGAGCCCUAGCUGUCCUUCAAUGCCUUACAUAUCUAAGGAUAACCUUGAUUUCCUGUGAUGUGCUGGGAUAGCCGGUAACUCUGCACCUCGGGGUAGCUUUUCAGACUGUUGGAAGAUUAUUGAAGGAGGAAGUCGGUGACUCCUGCUCUAGCGACCAGGAGGCAGAGUCAGGAGGCUUUUUCAUUAUAAGGUCAGCUUGAGCUAGACAGAUGGACCGUGGGAACCUCACUGACCUUCCAGAGACAAGACAGCUCAGUCUGCUAGUACUGUUGUACAUCUGUAGUUCCAGUUGCUGGGAACGCUGAGGCAGAUGGAUUGCUUGAAUUGAAAAUCAGCCUGGAAAAAGUAUAAUAAGAUCUUGUUCAAGUGCUUGUUCAAACUAAAUAAAUAUUCCCCAGGUGGUAGGUGACACAUAUCUCUCUUUCUUCCUUCUUCACAUAUACGCCGUACGUGUGUUUGCAUAACACACACACACAUACACACACACAUAUCUUUAAGAAAGAGAGUAUAGUAGUGAGUUGGAGGCAAGCCUGGGCUACAUGAGACUGUCUGAAAAAACAAAAUGAAACCAAAAAUAUAAGAUGUCUUUGCUAUCACUGAAAGGGGUGGCAGGCGGAUAAGUGUUGCUGCCUGUCCUCACUCAGCCAGCACAGUGAAUGGUGGCAAGCAUGCCUCUGUGUGGGUGGAGAGCCACCUCGGAAGACAGCAAGGCAGAUGGUACAGAAGCUCAGCCCCUGGUACCCACGGGACGCUUGAUGGUGCUGCUGCACUGGCCUGGGCCUGAGGGUGGAGAGCCCUGGGUCACCUUCAGCCAGACAUCUCUAACUGCAGAGGAGGUCUGCAUCCACAUAGCACACAAAGUUGGCAUCACCCCACCCUGCUUGAAUCUCUUCGCGCUCUAUGAUGCACAGGCUAAGGUCUGGCUGCCCCCAAACCACAUUCUGGAUACAUCCCAAGAUGUGAGCCUGAACCUCUAUUUUCGAAUGAGGUUCUACUUCCGGAACUGGCACGGCAUGAAUCCCCAGGAGCCAGCUGUGUACCGAUGUGGUUUCCCAGGGGCAGAGACUUCCUCAGACCGGGCAGAGCAAGGUGUACAGCUCUUGGACUCUGCCUCAUUUGAAUACCUUUUUGAGCAGGGAAAACAUGAGUUCAUGAACGAUGUGGUGUCUCUGCGGGACCUGUCUAGCGAGGAGGAAAUCCACCACUUUAAGAAUGAGAGCUUGGGCAUGGCCUUCCUGCACCUUUGCCACCUUGCUCUCAGCCGCGGCGUCCCCCUGGAGGAGAUGGCUAGAGAGAUCAGCUUCAAGAACUGCAUCCCUCAUUCCUUCCGCCAGCACAUCCGCCAGCACAAUGUGCUCACACGCCUGCGUCUCCGCAGAGUCUUCCGCCGCUUCCUGCGGGCCUUCCGGCCUGGUCACAUCUCCCAACAGGUUGUGAUGGUUAAGUACUUGGCCACCCUAGAGCGGCUGGCUCCUCGCUUUGGUUCAGAGCAUAUACCUGUGUAUCAUCUGGAGGUCCUGGCUCAGCCUGAGAGGGACCCCUGCUACAUCCAGAACAGUGAGCAGACCACUGGGGACCCAGGCCCAGAGCUGGCUUCCGGGCCUCCCACCCACGAGGUACUGGUGACAGGCACCGGAGGUAUCCAGUGGCAUCCACUGCAAAUGCAGGUGAGCAGUCACUGUAGCUGGAGCCCCUCAGGUGAGCAAAGUAACAGCAGAGGGAAUCCCCAAGGCAGCUGGUCUGGGAGGAAACCCAAGGCCCCUGAGACUGGAAAGCACCUGGCAGAGAGUCCUCAGGAACCAUCUUGGACCUACUUCUGUGACUUCCAGGACAUUUCCCACGUGGUGCUAAAGGAGCGUUGUGUGCACAUCCACCUUCAAGACAACAAGUGCUUGUUGCUGUGCCUCGGUUCCCAGGCUGAGGCCCUGUCCUUUGUGGCCCUGGUGGAUGGCUAUUUCCGCUUGACGGCUGACUCCAGCCACUACCUGUGCCAUGAGGUGGCACCCCCGAGGCUGGUGACUAGCAUCCAGAAUGGCAUCCAUGGGCCCCUGAUGGAUCCAUUUGUCCAGGCCAAGCUGUGGCCAGAGGAUGGUCUCUACCUGAUCCAGUGGAGCACCAGCCACCUGCACCGCCUGAUCCUUACGGUGGCCCAUCGAAACCCUGCUCCCAGUAACGGCCCUAGGGGCCUGCGCCUCCGAAAGUUCCCCAUCACACAGCAGCCUGGAGCCUUUGUGCUGGAUGGCUGGGGCCGCUCCUUUGACAGCUUGGGGGACCUACGGCUUGCCUUGCAGGGCUGCUCAUUACGGGCUGGUGACGACUGCUUCCCCUUGCACCACUGCUGCCUGCCCCGGCCAAGAGAAAUCUCCAACCUCGUCAUCAUGCGGGGGUCUAGGACCCACACCCGGCCACUCAACCUCAGUCAGCUCAGCUUCCAUAGGGUUCACCAGGAUGAAAUCACCCAGCUGUCCCACUUGGGCCAAGGCACGAGGACCAAUGUGUAUGAGGGCCUGCUAAGAGUUGGAGGCCCUGAUGAGGGCAAAGUGGACAGUGGAUGUCCCCCUGAACUUGGCGGGGCCAGUGUACAGCAGCUUCGAGUGGUCCUCAAAGUACUCGACCCCAGUCACCAUGAUAUUGCCUUGGCCUUCUAUGAGACUGCUAGCCUCAUGAGCCAGGUGUCACACAUGCACCUGGCUUUCCUGCAUGGUGUUUGCGUACGUGGCUCAGAGAAUAUCAUUGUGACAGAAUUCGUAGAACAUGGUCCCCUGGACGUAUGGUUACGGCGACAGAGGGGCCGAGUGCCCAUGACCUGGAAGAUGGCCGUGGCUCAGCAGCUCGCCAGCGCCCUCAGCUACCUGGAGGACAAGAAUCUGGUUCAUGGGAAUGUAUGUGGCAGGAACAUCUUGCUGGCUCGCCUGGGGCUGGAAGAGGGUACUAACCCCUUCAUCAAGCUAAGUGAUCCUGGUGUGGGCCAAGGGGCCCUCUCCAGGGAAGAGCGGGUGGAGCGCAUCCCCUGGACAGCUCCGGAAUGCCUGUCUGGAGGGGCCAAUAGCUUGGGUACUGCCACAGACAUGUGGGGCUUUGGUGCCACCCUUCUUGAGAUCUGCUUUGAUGGGGAGGCACCCCUACAGGGUCGUGGUCCCUCCGAGAAAGAACGGUUCUACACAAAGAAACAUCAGCUGCCUGAGCCCUCAUGCCCAGAGCUGUCCACACUCACCCGCCAGUGCCUGACCUAUGAACCAGCACAGAGACCAUCCUUCCGGACCAUUUUGCGGGACCUCACAAGACUGCAGCCACAGAAUCUUGUGGGUACUUCGGCUGUGAACACAGACUCACCAGCAUCAGACCCCACUGUUUUCCACAAGCGUUAUUUGAAAAAGAUCCGGGAUUUGGGUGAGGGUCACUUUGGCAAGGUCAGUCUGUACUGCUACGACCCAACCAAUGAUGGCACUGGCGAGAUGGUGGCUGUGAAGGCCCUGAAGGAGGGGUGUGGUCCCCAGCUCCGCUCAGGCUGGCAGAGGGAGAUCGAGAUCCUGCGGACGCUGUACCAUGAGCACAUCGUCAAAUACAAAGGCUGCUGUGAGGACCAAGGAGAGAAGUCUGUACAGCUGGUCAUGGAAUACGUCCCUCUGGGCAGCCUCCGAGACUACCUACCAAGGCACAGCGUCGGGCUGGCGCAGCUCCUGCUGUUUGCCCAGCAGAUCUGUGAGGGCAUGGCUUACCUGCACGGUCAGCACUACAUUCACCGAGACCUAGCCGCGCGCAACGUGCUUCUGGACAACGACAGGCUGGUCAAAAUUGGAGACUUUGGCCUAGCCAAGGCUGUACCCGAAGGCCACGAGUAUUACCGAGUUCGCGAGGACGGGGACAGCCCAGUGUUCUGGUAUGCUCCAGAAUGCCUGAAGGAGUGCAAAUUUUACUAUGCAUCUGAUGUCUGGUCCUUCGGGGUGACCCUGUAUGAGCUGUUGACAUACUGUGACCCUAGCCAGAGUCCCCACACGAAAUUCAUCGAGCUUAUCGGGCUCACCCAGGGCCAGAUGACCGUACUGAGGCUCACAGAGUUGCUGGAACGAGGAGAGAGGCUGCCUCGGCCUGACAGAUGUCCCUGUGAGAUCUAUCACCUCAUGAAGAACUGCUGGGAGACAGAGGCCUCCUUCCGGCCCACCUUCCAGAAUCUUGUGCCCAUCCUCAAAACAGCACAGGAGAAGUACCAAGGCCAGGUGCCUUCAGUGUUCAGCGUGUGCUGACAGUCAAAGGCAGGGGACAGCCACACAGAGGCCUCCACACACCUUGUACCUUACUCUGCCUGGAAACCCCACCUAUGACCUAAGUUUCCUUCUUUGGCCCUGAGGCUGGCCAUGACCUGAACAGAUCUGGGAUGUGCGAAGGGGCUAAUUGGGAUCCCUGAGUCUUUCCACAGUUGAGACCCACUAUCUUCACUAUCUGGAAAGAAAUCGCUUGCUUUGCUGGAGGCCCGAGGGCUCUGGGGUCCUUCCUCAGCAAGGAAGCGAGAGAGAUGUGCAGACAGAAUGACACUUCAAGCCGGGCUGUGAUAGCACACGCCUUUAAUCCCAGCACUUGGGAGGCAGAGGCAGGCGGAUUUCUGAGUUUGAGGCCAGCCUUGUCUACAGAGUGAGUUCCAGGACAGCCAGGGCUACACAGAGAAACCCUGUCUCAGAAAAGAAUGAGACUUCAAAAGAAGCUGCAACACUUCUGAUCACCCUAAACCACCAGCCAAGUGGCAGUGUGACUGGGAGAGCCAGUGCUUAGCAUGGGGGAAACCUGGGUUCUGUCCCUAGUUGGUUAAGCCACCAACUAGAUCAGUUCCUAGUAUAUAGGAGGCACACAGUAGCUGCUUGUUAGAGGCUGGGGAGAUGGCUUGUUCAGUGAACGGCAUACAAAAGUUCUUGCCUUGCUAGCAAGCACAAGACUGUGAGUUCAAUUCCCAGAACCCAUGUUAGCUCUGCGUGGUGGGACAUACUUGUUGUCCCAAUACUGGAGAAGUGGAGGCAGGCAGCUUUGUGGGGCUCCCUGGCAAGAAGGCUAGUCCAUUCAGUGACACUCAGGCCAACUAGAAUCCCUGCUUCAAAACAAAAUGCUGGAGCAGUGCCUUGGGAAGAAUACCCAGAGUUGUCCUCUGACCAAAGCACAAAUAUGUGCACACACACAUGCACAUACGUUUGCAUACACACACAGGAAGGCCAUUUGUCACAUAGGUAGGACUCUGCCAAUUCUACCCUUUCCUUCCUGUGUAACCUCAGGAAAAUGUCUUGACCUCUCUGGGCCUCACAUCUCAGCUAUGGGGAUGGUCAGGCUUUCUACCUCAUAGGGCCAAUGAUGGAUUGCAUUUAAAUUGCUUAGGAGAGGCACAGAUGCGUGUUUAAUAAAAUUUAUGUUUAAGCCGG